AGGUUGGGGUGGCUCAGUAAGACCCACCCUCAGUCCACGGGAUUCUCUUUCUCUUGCUGGCGCCAUAGUCUGGGCUGACAUCUCCGCUGUAGGCUAUGGUGUCCUGGCCUCACUUCUGAGCUGGCCUGGCCAUGCAGAGCUCUGAGGGGAAUUCUGUGUGCAUUUUCCGGGGUAUCUGAUGUCAUGCCCAUGUGGUCAUUCCUUAUCUUGCCUGGAGGUGGCCAGAGAGUCAAAUAGCAACUGAAGGAUUAUCCUGGGACCUCAGGUCCUCUCUCUGUUGGCACCUGGCUCAGGAAUAGUGUGGGUAUUUAAGGACUGCAGGAAAGUGCUGUCCUUAAAUGUUUUGUGGCAGAGUCUAGAUGUGAGGUGAAGUUGUAGCUUCCCUUCUGGAGGACACUUUUGAAUGCGAUGCAGUGACCCUGCCACCCCACUCUACAGGUGACAUUAUGCGGCAGCCACAUGUGCAGGGACCUGCCGUUGCUUCUGAGUGGUGGUUCACAGGAGAAACUUCACCCGUGGCAUGUGCGCAUGGAGUGUUGCGAGAUCCAGCAGAUGCUAUUGAAGUAAAGCUCUCGGUCAAGUUCAACAACAGGGAGUUCAGCUUGAAGAGGAUGCCGUCCCAAAAACAGACAGGGGUCUUCGGAGUCAAGGUUGCUGUGGUCACCAAGAGAGAGAGGUCCCAAGGUGCCCUACAUCGUACGCCAGUGUGUGGAGAAGAUCGAGCGCCAAGGCACGGAGGAGAUAACAAGGACGUGUCGGUGAUGAUGAGCGAGAUGGACGUGAACGCCAUCGCAGGCACGCUGAAGCUGUACUUCCGUGAGCUGCCCGAGCCCCUCUGCACUGAUGAGUUCUACCCCAACUUCGCCGAGGGCAUCGGUGAGCACUGGAGCAGCGGCCAUAACUCCACGGAGUGGGGCAGUCUGGUUGGGGCAGGGACCGCUGUUGCUUUGGCAGAGAGAGAUGAUGCCCACUGAGAAGAGGCUGUUCUGACUCUGCAGGUGGGACAGGGACAGAUGGCUGCCAGGGUGACCUGGCUGGUAUUCCUUUGCUGUGCUGAGCCCUGAGACAGGGAGGACUCCCACCACAUGCAGCCUGGGACUGGGUUCUUACCUGUGGC